AUUAGUGAUCCCUUAAUAAAGGUUAUACCACCAUAUCGUCAUCGGGAGCAAUCUUCGUCUUGCUCUUCAACAACCAGUGGCGGUGGCCAACAGUUUUCACCACAUUUCAGUACAGCAUUUAACGGGAAUUUGUCAAAUUCAGACGGAUUUAUCAACAGACGCUUAUCAUUGAACGCAUCUCCUCUUAAUAGUGGUUUGUACACAAAUAGCCAAUUAAAUUCGGUGGCAUCUUUACCUACUGCCUCAGCGCAGAGAUCUACAACAGCAUCUUCAGUUUCCGUAUCGGAUGGGAGUGGAUUGCGUGACGGUGGGAAUAUGUUGGUCGAUCCUCUUCAUCGCACCGCGUUGCCACAGACAUCUGUGGAUAGGGCGAUGAUGAGUGCGAUGAUGUCACAGCCAGUUGUUGGUCAAACAGUGCUAGAUGGAACAUGUGGUUCACCAAUCUCAAGUGGCAGGUCAUCUGCAGUACAAGAUUCAUCACCACCCGUUGCGUCGAAUCUAUCUGCUUUGAAAAUUGAUCAAACAGCAAAUGCUGAUAUGCAUGUAACUUCAGCAGCUGUAGUACCUUUGCCAUCAAAUAUGAAUGCAGUAUUAAGCGGCACUGCACCAAAAGACGACUUAAAGCCACUAUUAGGUGACAGUGCACUUAAUAAUGAGAAUAUUUCUGCUUUGGCCUCGAGUCAGUCAUCAGUGUCACCUGUUUAUAAUUCUGUAGAUGGUAAAACAGCUUCAUCAGUCCAGCGUGCAGUUAAACGACCAAGAACGAGUCAAACAACUGACAAGGCUAAGAAGCCACGCAAUAAUAUUAGAGCAAAUAAGUCUAUGAAAACUUUGCUCGAAUCGGUUGGUCCGUUGGUUUCGGAAACCGUAACUGAUUUUCAAAGGGAACGGGUUAAUGAGCGUGAUGCAGCAGCUGCUGCCGCAGCUUCUACUAGCACGACACACACCGAAACGCCUUCAACGUCUGGAGAAAACGCGUCUAAUUGUAUUCGGUCUCCAGAUAACUUUCAAGCGGGUUCUUGUGGCUUAAUAGGAGCUAGUGUAAAAGUGAGCUCUGUUGAGUCGACUUCUGCUCCUGCCAACGCAGCAGCAGCUUGUUUACCGUCAACGUCGGCUGCUAGUACCGAUGUUACUAAGUUAUGUGGUGCUCCCUUGUUAAGGACAGUGCCAAAAGGUUUAUCCAGUCCAGAGGUAACACAGGCGAGUUCUUCUGUCGAUCGCCACCAUGUUUCAACAUCGGCCCCUUCAACUUCACUCGGGCUGGGUGGAGUUGGUGGCAUUCAACAUGGGCCAUUGCCGCAAACUUUGGAGGAGUUGUUGGAGAGGCAGUGGGAACAAGGGUCUCAUUUCAUGAUGGCUCAUGCUCCUUUUGAUGUUGCGCAACUUCUGUCGUGUCUUCAUGAGCUGAAGAAGGAAAAUGUGCGAUUAGAAGGAGAGUUGAAUGGAUUGGUUCGGAGACGAGAUCAUUUAUUAGCUGUAAACGCUCAGCUGUCAUUGAGGUUGGGGCAAGGUUCAACGGCUUCUACGAACAGCCCCAACAACUCUCCUCGAGUAAACGGAACGGCAACAGCAGCAGCAGCGUUAACAGCUUCUCAGUUACCUGUUUCGUCAAUACCACCGUCUGCAAGCGCUCUCCCUUCACCAGCAAAUGUUGCAGCUCUGGCAUUAUUUACAAAUUCUCCGUCUACUGCACCAGCGAGUGCACGAGUAGUUGGAACUCCAAAUUCUCAGCAUACCGCAUCAACAGCUUAUGCACCACCAGUAGACGAUUCCUUAAACAAACUGAGAACUUUGACAGCAAGCAGUGGUUUGCCAGUGGUUUCACGGAAUACAGCGACAGUUUCGACGGCUCAGUUACCAACAGCAUCUGUAGCAGCAGUGGUAGGACGGCCAGCUAGCCGUCAAACUUCAGCUAAUGUUCAACAGCAGGCUGCAAUAAGUGCAAGUUUACCACAGUCGUCAUUGGCAGGAUUUUCACAAAACAGGAUACCAUCAACAGCAUCUGCCAAUUCAAUCGCUCCACAUGCAUCAACACCAUCAUCGUUAUCCGGUAGCUACACAGUGACAACUCCAAAGUCAAGUAUGGUUACUGCUAAUGAUAUGGUAGUUGCCAGUAGUACAGCUGCAACGAUUUCACCGGAAAGGCAGUUGGCUGCUGCAGUUGCUGCUCUCAGUAAUCCGUUGAACGGAAAUUUCCUUGCGCCACGAGCGCCCAAUCCGUUGAAUACUCCUGGUGUUACAGCAACUGCAACUAAUAAUCCGUUAGGACAGUUUCCAUCGCAGGAGAUUCUUGCACAGUAUGCGCUUUUACAUCAUCAAUUAAUGCAACAACAAGCCGCUGCGACUGCUGCAGCACUUCGCUACGGCGGAAUUGUUAUGUCUGGUAGUUCGACGCCACCAACAUCAAGUGCGAAUACGCAAGCAACAACUGGACAUGCGGCAGGAAAAUAA